UGCUUGGAUUACGACGAGUGUGCCGAUAAUACUGAGCACUGUGGACGUAAUAAACAAUGCUUCAACACGAAUGGCAGCUUUAACUGCAUGUGCAAGUCUGGUUUUGAACCGUCGACCCUGAACAACUCCAAGACUGACGAUUGUCAGGAUAAGAAUGAAUGUUAUGAGAACAAGACACUCUGUGGUCCAGAAGAAGGCGGGGCCUGCCACAACACUCACGGCAGAUACUGGUGUCAGUGUAAACCUGGAUACAGUAACUAUGGCAACAACCAGUCCAUGUGCACAGAGUUGAAAUGUGACCAGUUCAAAGAUGACGCUGACCAGGACCAGGCCCUCCCAGGUCUGUCGGCCUUCCUCUCCCAGCUCCAGAGCAGCUGUCUGGGGAUGACAGGGUCUGGCUCCCCUGGUCGCACUGGAGAGGUGCUGCUGGAGAACUUGUUUACAGCUACCGACGAAAUGUUGUCCCCUGGUCACCUAGGCAACCGGGUAAAAGCAAGCAGGUUGCUAAGCACUAUGGAGAACGCUGUACGGUUUAUUGUUCCCCAGCUCCAUGACAACCACACACGGAUGGAAACAGAACACACAGAGGCGGAGAUUGAACUCAAGAGGUCAAGGACGCCACCCACUGGAAUGAUCCUGUUGACAAAUCAGAAUGCGGGUCUGAAGACCAGCUGGGAGAUCGCCCGAAACAGAACAUACCAAGGUUUUGCCUUCGCUGCUCUAGUCUCCUAUAAGAACUUGUCUCAGUCUCUCAACAACAACGAUUCGUUUGAGAACCUGGACGACGACCACCCAGAACCAGACGAGAACCGUCGGCCCAGCUACCAGGUGGCGUCCAGUGUGGUGACGGUCGUCGUUAGCAACACAGACACCAAGAAGCUGGACCAGAAUGUCAGCAUCACUCUCAGACGUCUGGAGGAAGGGAAGGAGUCGGAGGACAGGAAGUUCACCUGUGUGUUCUGGGAGGAGGGGGGGCCUGGCCAUGAGGGGGCGUGGUCAAGGAGAGGCUGCAGCACAGCGAAGUCCAACGUCACACACACCGCCUGCACCUGCAGUCACCUGAGCAGCUUCGCUGUGCUGAUGGCCCUCUACCCUGUGGAGCACACCCUCCAGCUGGUGCUGCUGACCCGGGUGGGGCUGGCCGUGUCUCUGGUGUGUCUGGCUCUGAGCAUCGCGACCUUCGCCCUCUGCCUCUCGCUCCAGGGGACGCGGAACACCAUCCACCUGCACGCCUGCAUCUGCCUCUUCCUCGCUGACCUCGUCUUCAUCACCGGCAUCUCCCGCACAGAGCCCCAGUGGGGGUGCAGCCUGGUGGCGGGCCUGCUGCACCUGUUCUUCCUGUGCUCGUUCUGCUGGAUGCUCCUGGAGGGGGUGCAGCUGUACCGUAUGGUGGUGCAGGUGUUCAACACCUCCGUCCGGCCGCUGCACCUCCACGCCGUGGGCUACGGCCUGCCGCUCCUGGUCGUCACCGUGUCCGCCAUCUCACGGCCCCACGGAUACGGCACCAAGCAGUAUUGCUGGCUGUCUCUUGAACAUGGCCUCAUGUGGAGUUUCUUCGGUCCUGUGUGCACCAUCGUGUUCGUAAACGUCAUCUUCUUCCUGGUCACCAUGUGGAGGCUGGCCCAGAAGUUCACCAGCCUCAACCCAGAAGUCUCCCAGCUGCGCAAGAUCAGGGUGUUUACAUUGACGGCCGCGGCACAGCUGUGUGUGCUGGGUGUGAUGUGGAUGCUGGGAGCGCUGCUGUUCCAGGACCAUGGCUCCCCCGCACUGCUCUACCUCUUCACCGCCUUCAACAGCCUGCAGGGGGCGCUGUUCUUCAUCCUGCACUGCCUGCUCUCCAAACAGGUGAGAGAGGAGUACAGCAACUUCCUGUCCUGCAUCUGCACACCAAAGAAGAAGAGAUACUCGGACCUCAGUACCACCAACCCCUCCAGCCAAUCACAGGGGUUGCAGAGUCACCACACUGGAGAAUCUCAGAUCUGAACUCCCACAAUACAUUGUGAACCAUCUGUCCGCCAUUCUGCAACUUCCCUUCAGCCAAUCACGCCUGGUUUCAUCCAAUAGGAGCCCUUGUUACUGUAAGCCUCAUGUUAGCCAAUAGGAGGAAAGCAUUUGUAGUACAAUACUUUAGCUUUAUAAACCAAUGAUGCUGUAGAAUAAGGUACGUCACAAGGACAGGUUUUCCUGUGAAAAUUAAUACAUCAGGAUGUAGGAAUCCUCAGCUUGAAUCACAGCUACAGUAGAUGGUACACAUUGUUUAUUUUGAGAUUUACAUGUUGACUGUUUAGCGUAGACCAUCUUUGGUAUUUAGAAAGAAAGGGGGAUUCACUGCAAAGAUACGAGACAAGCGACCAAAUAUUUUAUCACUCAGUUUUUGUGUAUAUGUGGUUUAAAGAAUCUGUAAUAUAUAUAAUCGUGCAUAUUUAAAUAAGGGCUUUCUUUACAGAACAAUGGCCGACCUUAUUUUUCUAUGAGAAUGUAAUAUUUUCCACACUUUUCAACAAAAUAUUUCAACCGUUUUUGUGUUAUUUUUGUAUUAAACGUUUUUGAAAUGUA